UUGCCAACGGCAGACUAGAGUGAAUAAAAAGGAGGUUGUAAGCGUAAAGGCUGCUAUCGAAACGUGCUUUGGGUGGGAGGAUUUUCCUUUUUUUUGGGGGGGGAGAAAGGUUGUUGGUCUCCUAAACAACAUGGCUCCAUCGUGCAAACCUAGCAAGCAUGGUUCUGUCAGGGAUGAAGGGGACUAUUAUACAGUCAAAGAAGAUCGAAAGACUCGCAAGCCACUGAUCGAGAAAAAGAGACGAGCCCGCAUUAACGAAAGCUUGCAAGAACUGAGACUGAUCUUGGCGGAUACGGAACUGCAGUCGAAAAUGGAGAAUGCGGAGGUGCUGGAGAUGACCGUGAAACGUGUCCAAAACAUACUUCGCAACAGAAAUGUUGAAACAGACAGGUUUAACCAGGAAGCGAAUGAGAGGUUUGCAGCUGGCUACAUUCAGUGCAUGCAUGAGGUGCAUACUUUCGUCUCAAACUGCCCGGGGAUCGACUCUGCAGUGGCCGCCGAGUUACUGAACCACCUCUUGGAGUCUAUGCCAUUGAGCGAAGAUCACUUUCAGGAUUUACUGGGCGAAUUAAUGGCCGAAACUGGCCCCAGUAUGUGGCCUGGGCCUGACGAUGUGUGCCACUUAUUGGUGUCCCCCGGAGGUGGUAUCCAAGCCAGCCCCUCAGCACUGUCUCCUGUGUCCACUGCUUCCAGUGAUGACCUGUGCUCCGAUCUAGAUGAAGCGGAUUCGCCUACUGCUGGACAGAGUCCCUUGUUGCAAGAAAAAGUUGAUAACUGUAGGACAGAAAGCACGUCCCCUGUAAUGUAUUCAAAAUCAGUCUGGAGGCCGUGGUAACUUACUGGACCCAAGAGAAAUAACAAAGCUACCUAGUUUGAAUCAGACAUUGGUUCUUCCGUUUUAAGAGCCAGUAGCAAGUCAUCACUACCUUCAAUGAACAAUAUUGAGUGUAUAACAAAUGCAGUAAUGUGUUUAAUGGGGAAAUACGGUUAAAGAAGCUGAACGAAAAAUAGCACUGGGAAUAACACAAAACAAUGAAUGGGCCGAUAUCCUAUAUUAAAGCUUAGCUAUUUUAGAUACUGUCAUGCAUUUCUAAUGGCAUUAGUGUCUCCAGGUAAAGAGGUAUUCGGGUUUCUUAGUAUCAGAAAAGUGAAACAAAGCGCUUCUAUAAAGCACGACAUUUAACCGUUUUUUUUUACAUUUUGGAGUGGAAAUAUACUCCUGCACACAUGAAUGAACAUAUAAACAUUCUACUUCUAGUGGUAAAAACACGUUUAAUAUUCCCUUAAAGGGAUUGGUUUGGAGCUAGAAUUAUUGGUAACAGGGUCCACAGUUUCAUCCUUCAGUGAAGGAAGACAGACUGAAUUAGAAUUGUGCAAGGGAAAAAAAGGUUAGAUGUAAAUGUUCUUAUUAAUUCUAGGGGAAUGCCUUUAGGAAACAUGCACCUGUGCUUCCAAGCACAGUUACAUUUGAAAUGUUAUGCUAGCAUAUUAACCUGAGUUUUUUAAUUGUAUGUAUAUUUGUCUGUCAUGUUAGUGGAAUUUUGUUAUGUUUUAUCAUUUAAAUAAACUUUUACCACUUGUUAAA